AGCACUCCCGCUCCACUGCGCUGCCCACGACCAGGAUCCUCUGCGCCGCCACCCAAACCACACCGCACCAAACUCGUCGUCGUCCAGUCUCACUCGCCUCGCUUCGCCUUCACCCACCACUCUCCUCUCCUCCCCUGCCUCUAGCCUUUUCCGAGAAACGCAUGUGACUUGCAGCAAUUUGAGCCCAUAGCUCCGAAUUGUCUCCUGGGGUCCGUGUUCCUUUGAUGCUGACGGAGGACAGGUGGGGAGGGACAGAGGGGAUCAUGGAGUUCAAGACUGGCGGGUCGUCGUCGGAGCACAGGCCGUCGGUGGGGGGGUCGACGCCGCUGGCGAGGCAGGGGUCGGUCUACUCGUUGACGUUCGAGGAGUUCCAGAGCACGCUCGGCGGCGGCGGCCUCGGGAAGGAUUUCAGCUCCAUGAACAUGGACGAGCUGCUCCGGAGCAUCUGGACCACCGAGGAGAGGCAGGCCAUGGCCUCCGCCUCCGCCUCCGCCUCAGCCUCCGCCGCGGGCGCGGGCGCGGGCACGCCGCCGACUUCGCUGCAGCGCCAGGGCUCGCUCACCCUGCCCCGCACGCUCAGCGCCAAGACGGUCGAUGAGGUGUGGCGCAACCUCGUGCGCGAUGACCCGCUUGCGAUUGGAGCGGAUGGUGGCGAGCCGCAGCCCCAUCGGCAGGCGACGCUCGGGGAGAUGACCCUGGAGGAAUUCCUGGUCAAAGCCGGCGUGGUGCGAGAGAUUCCCAACGCUCCGCCGCACCCGGUACCCGUUGCCCCUAAAAACACUGCCUUCUACAGGAACUUCCCGGGUGCCAACGACGCCGGUGCGGCGAUGCUGGGGUUCCCGCCGAGCGGCAUGGGAGAUCUGGCCUUGUGCAAUGGACUCGUGCCGAGGGCAGUGGGGGUGGGAGGCAACGCCGGGGCUGUGCAAACUGCGGCUAACCAGCUUGAUUCUGACAGCAAGGGGAGCGAGGAUCUCUCAUCUCCGUCGGAACCAAUGCCGUACUCGUUUGAUGGAAUUGUGAGGGGGAGAAGGGCUGGUGGCGGCGUGGAGAAGGUGGUGGAAAGGAGGCAGAGGAGGAUGAUCAAGAACAGGGAGUCCGCUGCAAGGUCCCGUGCCCGCAAGCAGGCUUAUACGAUGGAAUUGGAAGCUGAAGUUCAGAAACUCAAGGAGCUUAACCAGAAACUGGAGAGGGAACAGGCAGAGAUUAUGGAAAUGCAGAAAAACGAGGAUGUACCCGAAAUGAAGGAUCAAUUUGGACGGAAGAAGCGACAGUGCCUGCGAAGAACAUUGACUGGUCCUUGGUAAUGGCCAAAUAGUCAACGACAUGCCACUGGUCUUCCUGUUUGUACAUAUAAUUUUCUCUUUUGUAAACUGGUGAUGGACAGACUUGCGAUUGAUUGAUCUGCUAGUUUCCUUCUCCUGCUGCUUCGGUAUCAGCUUCAGAAACUGACAUGUAGGCUAGUAUGUAGUCGAGGAGGAGAGCCACAAGAACCUCUGUAAUUUGGCAAUCCUUCAGAGUUUGUGUAGAGUUUGUCUGGGUUUUUGCAUCUUGCCACCCUUCUUCUAGCUUUGCACCUUAGAGACUAUUUGGACGACUUGCAGAGGUCAAUGUAAGUAGCCAAGUAGGUAAUGGAGAACGUAUCGGGUACUCCCAGGCUUGUAUGUUUGGAUUGUUACCGUAAUAUACCAUGCUAACUUUUUUGGUCAUGACUAAAA